UGUGCUUUCAACCACUAUGACUUGUUACACCAUAUCAGUAAUACAAACUCAACACACGUUUGUAUUUGGUGUUUAUUUGAAGAACUUUCCAAUUCAGGGAACAGCGGUUAUGUAGCCAGCUAGCUUGUAGUGACACUUUAGUCAGCUGUCUCAUUUAGUCUCAUUUAUACUUUACGAUAUUGUUUCAUAACUUGUAAGGUUAAAUCGGUACCUGAUCACCCGGUCCUAUGCUACUAACUAAUGAUAGUUUAUCAACUGAAUUGCAGCUGCAUCGUAGCUCGACAACCAUGCUUUGGCCUUUACUGUUAAUAACCGGUUUUAUUUGCCAACCUGGUUGACGAACAAGAAUGGUUCCUGCGUUCUAUUGUUUUUAACUGUUUUAAGGCGCUAACGUUACAGCAAAUUGGCGUGGAUUGCACGGGAAACUGCUGCAGACUGGAGCCGGCUCAGUUACCGUGGCAACAGCAGAGGAGAUAAGGGAGUGGAGCAGCACUGAAACAGGCAGAUGGCCUGGAGGGGUCGUGUCUUCUGCCGGCAGCUGAGAAGUGGGUACCGGGCUGUUUCCCUGGCUACGGUUACCACGGCUACCAUCCUCAGAAUUCAGGAAUGUCAGCAGAGGUUCCUCCAUGUUGGGGAGCGAGCGAGUCUGACCAGGGCCUUCAGUGCCAAUGAUGUGGCCACUUUUGCCAAGCUCACCGGAGACACAAACCCCAUCCACCUGGACGCUGCCUACGCCCAGACCACGCCCUUCCAGGGCCCUGUCGUGCACGGCGUGCUGAUCAAUGGGCUGAUCUCCGCUCUGCUGGGCACCAGCAUGCCUGGCCCCGGCUGCAUCCUCCUGUCCCAGGAGAUCGACUUCCCCGCCCCCCUGUACCUGGGGGAGGAGGUGCUGGCCGAAGCGGAGGUGAGGAAGAUGAAGAUGAGCUUCGCUCUGAUUUCUGUUUCCUGUUCGGUGAAGGACAAAGUGGUGAUGAAAGGAGUGGUGUGGGUGUUGGGGCCAGAAGAGCAGAGAAAGUGACAUUCUGAGUCUGAGUCUGCAGCCCCUGUUUUAGUUUGUGUUUGUUUAGUGCGUUUGAGACAGACACUUUGCUUUAAAGUACUCUGAAAUGCCCUGAGUGUCUGAAAUAAUUGUCCCCAGCACAUUUGUUUGAAUGUUUGAAUCAGCAGUGCUCAUCGCUGGACCCUCCAGAGUGCCAGGGCUGCACCUCACCACUUCAGCCUCCGUACGCCCUCCUGAGGCUGGGGAAGCGGGGGUCAGCUAUAACUAACAGCCGGGUCAGGAGGGUAAUCUUGUAAUCUCGUGUCUGCAUGUUUGCUAAACAAUCUGGGGGUUAGUGCAGCUGCCUCUCAUACAGGAGACCAGAGUUCAAGGCCACUUUUCUCCCCCACUUUCUUUCGCUCACACAUAUAAAAAGGUCCAUUGAAACUACUCUCAGUUUAGAGGGAAGAACAAAGUUCUUUCAACAAAGUGACAUCAAGCAGAACACGGCCGUCUGCCCUCAACAGGCUGACUGCGGGUGACUGAUUAACCAACUGGGGUCACUAGUGAGCGAUGUCAUCCCAUUAUUUCUCCCUGAGGGACUCUCCCAUCCCCGCUGGAUCCCACAGCAGCGUGCUCCACACGCCGCUGCAAGGCCUUAUUAACAGUGAAACCAAACACCGAGAGCCCGUCUCAUCUCUGAUUCACGAAGUGCGAAUGUGACGAGCUUAAAAUCCUGUGCAAAAAGAUGUACUGCAAUUUUUUCCACAUUUCUUCCAAGCAGGAAAAUAAUAAAAUUUUGCUGUCAAAACAUAA